UUAUCCUGUCUGGAAACUGGCCGGGCUACGCGCAUGCGCGCGCCUCGGUCAUGUUGACGAAUGCGAAAACAGAAGUCAACAUGUCCACCGCUGCUGCUCAACAAAACAAUAAUGAAGAGCCUGGGCUUCACGGCUCUUGGGUGGAAUUGGAGUUGAAUGGAAACACAGGCGUGAAUACGAGCUUGCAAAUAUCAGCUGCUGCAGACCAAAUAAAUGCAAACGCUGGCACAAGUCACACCCUAGACAUGGUGCCAGAGAUAGAUGAAACCCUGAUUGGAGGACUAGAACAUGUGCCAUCCUCCUCCUCCAUUCACAACGGGGACAUGGAGAGGAUUCUCCUGGAUGCACAGCAUGAAUCCAGCCCAAGUAAUUCUUCGUGUGACAGUCCUCAAAGGCCACAGAGUCCAAACCAGGAUGAGGGUCAGAUCACUUUUGAUGUGGAUAUGUCUAGUCCAAGAGGUAGUCAGUCAGAAGAAGAAGGUGCAGACAAAGAGAGAGAAGAUGAUAUCCUCAUGAACAGAGAAGUCGACUGGGUUGCUGAUUGGUCCAGCAGGCCAGAAAAUAUUCCACCCAAAGAAUUUCACUUCAGACACCCCCGGCGUGCAGUAUCCCUUAGUAUGAGAAAAAGUGGUGUCAUGAAGAAAGGCGGCGUAUUCUCAGCUGAAUUCCUCAAAGUUUUCAUCCCGUCGCUUCUCAUUUCACACAUCCUCGCUCUCGGAAUCGGGGUGUACAUAGGUAAAAGAAUCGCCACAGCCUCUGCCAGCUCUUACUAAGUGGAAAAUGAGCAGUGCCUGGAUGUCCUCCCGUCUUUCACGUAGCCUGUGAUCACGUGUUUCUCGGCAGUCAUCGUGCACCCACAUUUGUCCUCCCAAUCCAUGUUAGACUUUGUCACAUUGUAAGUGUAUGCACAUGAAACAUGUUGUAAUGUGGUUACUCCUCAUGUUGACCCAAGGCAUCCCAGUUGACUUGUAUCCACUCAAUAACAACUCCUGUGCAGGAUGAUAAAAAUAGUCAUCAUGAUCCAAGGGUUUGGCCUCAGCGGGCUUUAGGUUUGGGGAUGGAUAGUCCAAACUUUUUUUUUUUUUCGGUGUUAUCAGACAAUCUGGCCCUUCAGCUGUCACCGUACUAUUUUAUUCGCCAGAGUUAUCAACCCAAAGUAUGUGACAUAUCUGAAGUAAUAAGUUCAGGUAGGAAAGAACUUGGAAUGCCUUAAACCUUUGAGCUGAACUUUAGAGGUGCAGUUAUCAAAGGAAACGUAAUGCUCCACGUGUCUUUAUGAAAUAGAAGCUUGAUCAUUUUUACCUUCAGUGGUUUUCUUUUUAAAGCUUCAUGUUUUGAAGAUUAAACCUAAAUCUACCAUGUAGCCAGUGAGUUUUGCCUUUUGUAGUAUUUAACUAUAUUAUGAUAGUGGAACUUGGGCCAGGCGGCGGUGUACCAGGCCAUAUGUUCUUUUGUUUUUGCCUUUGUAGAUUGCUUUUUAUCACACAUAACCGUAACAAUGGCAAAGUGUCAAAUUAAUAUUAUACCGCUGCACAUUUUCAUUGUAUUGGUUUGGGGGGAAUUCCCCGACAUGUUUUGCUAUUGAAAUCCAGUUGUGAAGGUACUUAAAGCUGUGAUAUGCUUCACUUAAUAGAAACUCCCUGAUAUUGUGUCAAUAAUAUAUCAUAUAAUGAUGAAUAAGCUGUUCCAGGAACCUGUUUUCAUCUGUAUGUCACUGUCAAUACCAUUUCCAGUGUGAUACGUACAAUGCUUGUAAACUUCCAGAAAAAAUAGUCAGACAAGCUUUUACUAAUUUAAGUGCAUGUAACUUCCAUGUAUUGAUGCUAAAAAUGAUAAUGAAGACUAAUGACUGGAUGCCUCAUUUUCAGUGUUUUAAAACUGAUAUAAUGUGAUGUGAAAACCAAAUCUAUUGUUCUGGAUUCUGUGGUAGAUUUGGUUUUGAAAACACUCAAUGUGGGUUUCAAUGCAUAAAUAACACAUUAUCUCCUUAAUCUAUGGGCUUGUGUGCAGUUAUUGAGACAGCGACUAACAAUAGUGUAACAUAAGAUUCCAUCAUCGAAAUGUAGUUACAAUAACUCAAACAUAUGAGAUCAUUGGCAGGCUUCUGCACAGCUGGUAAACAAAUUGAAGAAAAUGGAAAAUCUGUCAAGACUUUGUAUUGAUUAAAGCAGAAAUCUGGUCAUCUGGA